ACGAAUAUAACACAGAAGUUGACGCAAAAUAUAUUUACAGAAAACUUCCUCGUAUCCUUUCAUCUUAUCUGAAUUGUGUAGAAAGUAAGAUUUUAAUAUUGCAAAGCACACCAUAUUAAAUGUUAAAAUAAAAUAAUGUUCGUCAUUUUGGAAUGGAUAAGUUUUCUCUGCUUGGUAUUGCGUGUGGCAGGCGUACCAGGCGAUAUUGCACACGAUAAAGGGGCGAUUGCAAGGCAUUUGGACAAUAUUGCUAAACCAAACCAACGGUAUGCUGAACUGGCUGUGGACGACGACCCCAACACUUGCAGCUCUACAGACUUUGCAACAAGUUCCAGAACGGAACCACCUUGGUGGCGUAUUUGGUUCCCGAACAGUUUCAGUUUCUCGAACAUCGAAUUGACCAUCAAUAAAACUACGCUACAGUAUUUAUGUAAUGUUUCGGUUUCUGUUACAAACAUGACUGAAACUGAAAGCAAAGAUAAAAAACAUUGGCUUACAGAUGACCUUUGUUACCAGGGCGAUGGUUUUAAGCUAUCCAAGGAUAGCGACUACGCCAUCAUUAGGUUCUAUUGUAUAUCCCUGCCAUUUGGAAACACCAUAAAGAUUACUCUUGGUUCGAAUAAGAGUCAACUAGAAAUCUGUGAUGUCAAUAUAAACCAAGCUUGUGAUAACAACACAUUUGGUUCUAACUGUUCAAUCACAUGCAAUGAACAUUGUACUGGACUAUGUGACAGUGUAAAUGGGACCUGUAGCGUGUGUUCUCCAGGAUAUAAAGGACAGUUCUGCAAUGAAACCUGCAGAAACUUUACAUAUGGUCAAAAUUGUUCCCGAAGAUGCAACGAAUCCUGUUUAGUUCCUUGUAACAAGAUUAACGGGAGCUGCCUUAAAUGUGUUCCUGGACUUAAGGGACCGUAUUGCGACGAACUUUGCGACAACGGAACAUUUGGACAGGAUUGUUCCCGAAACUGUAGCAAGCAGUGCACUGGACCUUGUAACAAGGAAGACGGGACUUGUAGUUCAUGUCAACCUGGCUAUCAGGGGGAUUCCUGCAACAAAACUUGCGACAAAAACACAUACGGCCAAAAUUGUACCAACAACUGCAGCAAACACUGCUCUGAACCUUGUAACAACGUGAACGGUUCAUGUGGAACUUGCAAGCCCGGCUAUAAGGAACAGUUUUGUAACAAACCCUGUGACAAUAACACGUAUGGCCAGAACUGUGCGAAGCUAUGCAGCGAUCAUUGUGUUGGACCUUGUAACAAUAUUGACGGAAACUGUACUACAUGUAAACCUGGAUUUGAGGGGCCAUUCUGCAACGAAUCCUGUGCAAUAAAUAAGUGGGGAAUGAACUGUAACAAAACCUGCGGCCAGUGUGCUACUAAAGAAUGCAACUCUUACAACGGCUCCUGUGAAAUGGGAUGUAAAGCUGGUUACCAGCUAAAAACUUGCCAAGAACCUUGUGAUGAUCUGUCAUUCGGCGUGAACUGCAGUGGCACAUGCAAUUCAACUUGCAAAGGCCCCUGUAACAAGACUAAUGGCAUGUGUCUGGACUGUCAAAGCGGAUGGAAUGGUUCUUAUUGUGACAAAGAGUGUCCAGGCGGUUACUACGGUUCACGCUGCAUACAUGGUUGUGGAUACUGUUUAAAUGGGACCUGUGACAGGGUAUCGGGCAACUGUUUGACAGGCUGCAAACCUGGAUAUCAACAUACGCCACUAUGUUAUGAUGCGUGUCCCAACGGUACAUUUGGUUUGAAUUGCUCCCAAAACUGUAGUGAGCAUUGUGAACGUACAUGUGACCAUGUGGACGGCAAUUGCUCAUGUCAAAAGGGAUACCAGCUGCCAAUGUGUAUUAAUGAAUGUGAGCUGGGAACAUGGGGGAAAAACUGCAGUCAAACGUGUGGAGGUUGCCAUUCCGAAAACUGUAACAAGACCACUGGCCAGUGCCUAAGUGGAUGUAAACCUGGAUAUAAAAUAACAUCGGACUGCAUGGAAGAAUGUGAUGCCGGUAAAUAUGGUAACAAUUGCUCCGGAACAUGUAGCAAAAAUUGUGAAGAUCCAAAGACCUGUAACAAAACAAAUGGCUUCUGUGCUUCUUGCGAGCCGGGUUGGCGAAGACCAAAGUGUAAUGACAGUUGUCCAGACUUAUGGUAUGGUCAGAAUUGUCAGGAAACGUGUGGAUACUGUGCAGGUGCUACGUGUAAUAAAACGGAUGGUCAUUGUAAUGCAUGCUUACCAGGCUACAAAAAUGAUGAACGAUGCAAAACCGAAUGCGAGGCUGGUAGUCACGGUGUCGACUGCCAGGAGCGGUGUGGAAUGUGCGCCGAAGACAAAGUGUGUCACCCAGGGAAUGGGACCUGUCCACUAGGCUGCAAGAUGGGGUUUUCUGGAGAAGGAUGCACACAGAAACUGAAAGCGCCCUCGGAGCCUUAUACAGUGGCUUUAGGUGUAGGUGGUGGGGUAUUGGUCCUCACUAUCAUUGCUGCGGUAGUCGUUGUGCUGGUUAUGAGAAAACGGAAAGCCGCUAAAAGCCAGAAGAACCUUCCAGCAAAUAUAACACAGAAGUCUGCAGAAAUACAACAUCUUGGAACAAGUAAGGCCCCUAAAAAGUCAACUGAUGGUGUUGAAGAGUCAAUGAAGAAACAGGAUAAGAGCCUUCCCGUGGCACCUACGGAAGACCCUAGCGUUGUACAGGAACCCACGUACGGAAACAUGAUGGAUGAAGAGGGACCCCGGAAACCCGUGACCUUGUCUCACCUUCUAAGCUAUAUAGUCACCAAGUCUGCUGACCAAACAUAUUUCAGAAAUGAAUACGCGGCAAUUCCAACCGGCAUGAUUCACCCAGCAACCGCUGCGAGAGACCCGGCGAAUGCUGGCAAGAGUAGAUACAAGAACCUGUAUGCAUACGAUCACUCAAGGGUACAUCUGAAGAAACAGCAAGGAGGAACGGACUAUAUCAACGCUUGUUAUAUUCAGGGAUAUUCCGGAAGGCCAGAGUACAUUGCUUCACAAGGUCCUAUGGACGCUAUGAUCGAAGACUUUAUUCGGAUGAUCUGGGAAAAAGACGUCAUCACGGUCGUUAUGGUGACAAACCUCGUCGAGCUGGGAAAAAUCAAAUGCCUGCAGUAUUGGGGGGAGGUAAAUGUGGAGAAGGAGAUCGGUAUGUUUGUGGUGGUGCUUACGGCAGAGCAGGAGAAAAGCGACUUCGUCGUCAGGGAUCUAAAAGUGUUCAAGAAGACAAAUCGGGACGUUGCACGAAGUGUCCGUCAGUUCCACUACACGGCGUGGCCGGACAAGGAUGUGCCGGACAGCCCCGCCAGCCUGCUUGUGUUCUGGUACACCGUCCGCGCGUACGAUCCCCGAUGUGCCGGGCCAUGGCUUGUGCAUUGCAGCGCUGGUGUUGGACGAACGGGGACGUUUAUUGCGAUGGAUAUUCUGCACAGCCAGGGCAACCAGACUGGCGUCAUUGACGUAGUCCAGUGUGUGAACACUCUCAGGGACCAGCGCGUUAAUAUGGUCCAAACGCUCAGUCAGUACAAAUUCCUACACGAGGUUAUGUACGAGGCUCUGGUGCUGUCUUCUUGGCCAGUUCCGGUGGACGAGUUUCCCAAAGAACACCAACGCCUUCUCCAGGUUGACCCCGUCCUCAACAAGACAAACAUUCUUCUAGAGUAUGAGAAUGAGAAGGCAUACCAGACGAUGGUGUUGUCCAAAGUUCGCCUGGACUCGGAUGGUCAAGAGAUUGACGCUUUUCGUUUCGCAAAGCUGCCGGAGAACGUCGGCAAAAACAGAUCGCAGUCCGUACUUGCCCAAAAUAUGUACCGACCUUUCCUUCGCACGCCAGUAAGCGGUCGCAACGACUACAUCAAUGCUGUUUACAUUCCGACGCUGAGUGACCGCUACGCCUUCGUGGUGAGCCAGACACCCCUAGAGUACACGCUAGUGGACUUUUGUCGCCUAAUACACGACCAUGACAUCCGCAUCGUGGUCUCAUUCCCAGACGAAGGAAGAGAACUGGUGGGUAGACUUCCAACCAGCGGCUCAAGCACAAUCGGACCUUUCACAGUUCGUCUUGAGAAGGAGAAAACAUCGGACAGCAUCAUACACAGAAAAUACUCUCUGGCAAACAAAACUGGGGGUAAGAAAGAGUUCUGCCAGCUGGUGUACAAGAAAUGGACGAGGCAACAGGUGGUUCCAUCGGAUCAGAAGACAUUUGUGCAGCUACUACAGGAGGUGGAGACACGUCGAAAGGCGAAUCUAAACAGUCCUGUCCUAAUAACCUGUCUUACGGGAUACGAGCGGAGCGGCCUUGUGGCGGUGUUGUUGACCAUACUGGACACACUGACCAGUACAGGAGCCGUGUCUGUCCCUCUCGUGAUACGACACCUACGGACACGCAGGCAACAACUCAUACCAACUUUCGGACAGUUCCAGUUCUGCCACGAUGUUGCUCUGGACCACGCCAAUACAAGCAAUACAUACGCCAAUGUCUGACCGUGAGAUGGAAUGCAGGAAUUUGAGCGUUAGGGACUGGAUAUAUAUCAAACCUGACAAGCAAUAUUAAAGAACCAUCUAGGAAAAAAUGAACGUACAUGACGAGCUCUUGUGUGUUACUUUGAGUUGCAUGUUGUUAACAGUAUCAUCAAUUGCUGUUUAUUGGUAGAGCUGGUAUUCUUUAAAUUAGGACUGAGAGUUUAUCCCCAUCACAAACAAAUACACACGCCCACAAACACACCCUUCUCCCAAUUGCGCACCGAAUUACCGGAAUCUAGCGUUCAACAUAUUUUUAACAAAUUUAAGAGUAUGAUAACCAAAUAAUGCGCACCAUAUUGAACCAUUGGGAUUACCGAAUGUUCUUUGAAAGCUUGUUUCUACAUACCAAAAAAAUCGGGGUUUCAGCCUCGGUACUCGGAGAAUGCAAAGUGCCAAAACAACAAUGUGUGACAUGCGUUGUCAAAAGUGAUUGUUACUGACACUAUGUUUAACUUUAUAUAUGUAAUGAGUGCGCCCCUGUGUGGAUCAUAAUUUAGACUGUGGUUUUGAAUUAUUACUAUUAUUAAUAAUUGUAUAUUAUAUUAUAGCAUUAUGGUUUUUUUUUUUCCAUUUAUUUGUAUGUUUAUGUUAGUGUUGCAUUAUAUAUAUUCCAUUUAUUUGUAUAUGUUUAUGUUUAUGUAUAUGCUAUUGUAGCAUUAUAUUUUAUUCCAUUCAUUUGUAUAUGUAUUUCGUUUUAACCCUUUAUUUUGUCUUUUUAUAUAAUAUGUAGCAUAAGGUUUAUUCCAUUCAUUUGUAUUCGUAUAUGGUCUGUAGUUUUAUGUUUCAUUCCAUUCAUUUGUAUCCAUAUAUGCUAUUGUAGCAUUAGGUUUUAUUCCAUUCAUUUGUGUUCUUAUAUGUUAUUGUAGUAUUAGGUUUUAUUCCAUUCAUUUGUAUUCGUAUAUGUUAUUGUAGCAUUAGGUUUUAUUCCAUUCAUUUGCAUCCGCAUAUGCUAUUGUAGCAUUAGAUUUUAUUCCAUUCAUUUGUAUUCGUAUAUGUUAUUGUAGCAUUAGGUUUUAUUCCAUUCAUUUGUAUCCGUAUAUGCUAUUGUAGCAUUAGGUUUUAUUCCGUUCAAAUGUAUUCGUAUAUGAUAAGAAGCAUUAGGUUUUAUUCCAAUCUUUUGUAUUCGUAGUUGAUAUGUAGUAUUGUGUUUUAUUCUGGUGCUGAUCUGCUUGCAAUCAACAGAAAUUUUCCUUUUGCAAAGUUUGUAUAAGCUUGCUGUAAAUUAAAACACU